UGCCAUUGUUAUAUAUCUUCACUACACUUUACACCAACAAAAACAUAUUUUGCAAGAAUUUUGAACACGAACAACAUGGUUAGUUCGCUCUGUCUUAGUUUAAUGGUGACAGUUUUAAUGUUUGUACAGUAUUCAGAGGCACAAAGAGUGUUCAAUGUUGGAGACGGCACGGGCUGGACAACCCCACAAGAUUCCUCCACAUACCAAUCUUGGGUUUCUGACAAAACUUUUGCAGUCGGAGAUAUUCUACACUUCGAUUUUCAGACACAACAGCAUAACCUGGUUGAAGUGCCGGAAGAAUCCUACACUUCGUGCACUUCGACUAAUCCUAUACGUACAUAUACAACGGGUCCGGUCAACGUUACCCUUGACACAGCCGGUCAACAUUACUACAUCUGUAGCAUCGGUCAACACUGUAUACGUGGACAGAGGUUAGCCGUCAAUGUCUCCGGCUCCGGUUUGCCACCUUCCACCGCCGUUUCACCGGGUGCCAACACCACUCCGCAACCACCACCACCUUCAUCUCCGGCAGCCACUUUUUCCCCUGCUUCCGUUGCCUUCUUUCUCUUCUUAUCCUCAUUUAUUGUAGUGCUUUUUGGACAUCAUGCUUGAAGUGUUCAAUCUGAUUUAUGAGUGUGACCUACUAAUAAUUAUAUGUUUCCUAUGUUGUAG